ACACGGACAGUCCCAGGUAGCUUGAUAACUGUGUCCUGCUACCAUCCCGUGUAAAAGCACAGCUCGUAGUCAGGACCAAUGGAGACGACAGAAGUUUGUGAGAUUGAUGUGGCGACCAGAAGAAUAGUGGGAGGCAGCGACUCUCCACCUGAACUGGACAGCCCAUGUCAGGAGGAGGUUGCGGAGUUUGGUUUGGGGUUGUGCUGCGCUGACGAGGAGAGGGGAGAAACUCCAGGCAGAGAGGACAGUCCCAGCGACCUGGUGGAGGCUGAGCUUGACCCUGGAGGAGACCUCAAGGCUGGAGAGGACAAGGCUUUUGGAAAGGAGGUUGUUCUGUUGAUGCAGGCUCUGAACUCUCUCGCCACUCCUGAGGAGAAACUAGCUGCUCUGUGCAAGAAAUAUGCAGACCUGUUGGAGGAGAGCCGCUGCAUGCAGAAGCGUCUGAAAGCCCUGCAGAAGAAGCAGUCUCAGAUAGUGAAGGAGAAGAUCCACCUGCAAGGAGAACACAGCAAGGCCAUCCUGGCCCGCAGCAAGCUGGAGAGUCUCUGUCGGGAGCUGCAGAGACACAACAAGACACUGAAGGAGGAAAACGCCCAGCGGUCCAGGGAGUAUGAGGAGCAGCGGAAGGAGGCCAUGCUGCACUUCCAGAUGACCUUGAGCGAUAUCGAGGUGCAGAUGGAGCAGCACAGCUCCCACAACACCAAGCUGAGGCAGGAGAACAUGGAGCUGGCCGAGAAGCUGAAAAAGCUCAUCGAGCAGUACGAGCUGCGAGAGGAGCACAUAGACAAGGUGUUCAAGCACAAGGAGCUGCAGCAGCAGCUGAUGGACGCGAAGCUGCAGAGAAUCACCGAGAUGAUGAAAGAAGUCGAGGAGAAGCAGCAAAGAGAGAGAGACUUUCUGCUGAAGGACGCCACGGAGUCCAGACACAAGUGUGAGCUGAUGAAGGAGCAAGAAACACAGCUCAAACAACAGCUCUCCCUGUACAUGGACAAGUUUGAGGAGUUUCAGAGCACUCUGGCUAAAAGCAACGAGGUCUUCACCACUUUCAGACAAGAGAUGGAGAAGAUGACCAAGAAGAUCAAGAAGCUGGAGAAGGAGACGACACAGUGGAGGACCAAAUGGGAGAGUAACAACCAGGCUCUGCUGCAGAUGGCCGAGGAGAAAACUCUUCGUGACGGCCACUUCAAGGCUCUGCAGGGGAAGCUGGAGCUGCUGGAGAGGCUGUGCAGAGCCCUGCAGAAGGAGAGGAACGACCUCAACAACCAGCUCAGCCUCCUCCAGGAGCAGGGAGACAAAGGGACCACAGCGCCUCCUGAAGCCCAGCCAAGGGAGCCCUCCAAUGGGGAGGAAGACGAGGACGAGGUGGAGGAGGAGGAAGACGAGGAGGGCUUGGCGCAGGGUGACGAGCUGGAGACGGAGGGCGUCCACCAAGCUCCCAGACCACCUGAACUGGACCCCACGACGGCUGCUACUGACAAAACCACUACUGCGACGACGACGACGACGACGACCAGCCAGCCUGCAGAAGCACCGCCCUCACAGCAGGACUGAACGAGCCUACACCGCCCGAGUGUGUAGGUGAGACGGGUGUGAUCGGAGGGCUCCACACACCUCCAGCCUAGUUCCAUAACUAGCCAGAGAAACUAUCUGCAAUGGGGAUAGAGAUUUCUUUUCUUUUUUUAAUCCUAGACUUGCCUCUCCAGGUUUCUAAACAGAAACUGAACCCAUAUCAUUUUUUUUUGUGCGAUAGUUAAAGAAGAAUAAAAUGAUUGUAUCGAGGAUUCUAUUCUAAAACUUUGCCCACGUUUUACAUUGGUUGUAAUAAUUGGCUUUGUGGCGAGCACUUGGUACUCCCUGUUUUCUACCAUAACUGUAUUUUCAUAGGAAAGUCUCGUGCAAAUUGAAGCAAGUCAAAGUCAAAUUGGCCUUUUAUUUCUCUCUUCACAUGGUCUCUCCCUGUAGUGUCACAUGUCUCACUGGAAAUUCUAGUUUGAUUAAAUUGAAAAGUGGGUUUAUCACGUGCAUAUUGUCGCAGGUCACUUUGUAUUAACGUAGCCUUACUGUCGGCAUGUGAUCUGGAAAACUGGAGGAGGAAAUGGGACAGUGUAGAGUCAGAGUCGGGCUUAUUUGACAUCCAUCUUGGCCACAGGGUAUUGAAUAUAUUUUUUGAUCAUGUUUUAAUUUUCUUGAUUAGAGCAGAAAGUGUCGCAGCAAAAUGAACCUUGUGCAAUAGAUGGUGCUGGUUUAAAGCUCUGAAACAGCGACAACUUGUGAGACAGUUGGUGAGCAACUUCGGCUGUCGAGCUCAACUACAACAUGCUAACUAGCUGGCAACAUGCUCGCUAAUUGCCAAUUAGUAUGCUAGCAAGUAGGGCUGUCACUUUAUCUGAAAAAAUACAAUAAUAGAUUUAUAAUAAUCAGUUUGAAUUCAAAAUUUUGAAGCGUGUUAUCCCAGCAGGCCACGUUUAGCACUCUGACCCAGACAUGACCUGUUGGUAAAGUGUGGAGGCAAAUUUGAGAAUUUGCAUUCAACACCAGAGACAGAACACUUGUGGUCAAAAGCUAAACAUCACCAUAGCUACAAUGAAACACAGCCCUUGAUUCAAGGAGGCGCCGCACAUGAAAAACAUACAGUAAUAACUUGAUCAUGACUUUUGGAAAUUGUGACAGCGCCAUUAGCUCGUUUGGUUGCCAACUCAUGGACGUAUAAACAGAAGUAGAUACAGUAUUAGCAGAAGGGCCCGGGUAACUGCUAUGAAAGUUUCCCAAUGGCACAUGAAGCCAAACAUUUCUGCUUAACCUGGAUGAUCGGCACUGUUUCCACACCGUUUGGCCCGUAGAGCAGCCUGCUUUCAGUUUAGUGCUUUGUUGCCACUACGAACAUUGGCUUCAAAUCUCAGUGCACCUCAGUGUACCUCCUGGGGGGGUCUGUGCUAACCGGAGAAAAGGCUAACGGUAAAAUUACUUGAAUGAUCGGCACCGUUUGAGCUGCCUACUUCUGGUCCAGCACUUUGUUAACUUGAAUGUGGAUAAAAUUAUUUAAUCAUGCGGCUCAUCUAGACUUUCCAAAUGUUAUUGGACCGAAAGGACGCUCCAAAAAAAAUGUAUCCACCGAUGUACAGAUGUCUCUUUUGCCACGUAAGUCUAUGGGAAAAGUAUUUUUGUGCCCCUUCCUGGGAGCCUGUGCUAACCAGACAAAAAGUUAGCAGUUUACUUGAGAUAUAUUUAUAGCAUUAACUCACGCAAACCACAUCUCCUCUAGAGCGUUUUAUUGUCUGGAAAACGCUUCCUCUGUUUGGACUGUGGUUCUCUAAGUCGAACUCUAAAACAAUUGGCUUUUAUAAAUGCUCACCUGACCGGGCUUGGUGUCAAAUCAAGCCUCAGAAAUAGCCACCUCUGCACAUCAGUUUUAGGUAAAUUAUAGCUUCAACAGUUGACCACAAGAUAAUGAGUCCACCUUUGCAAAAUUCAGAUUUUACAGGUGGUGUUAAGGCCACUGGUGAUGAGAAAGCUGAAAUAUUUUGAGAGUAAAAUUGUAAUUUUGAAGAGAAAAAAGUCAUAUUUCAAGAAGUGUAACUUUGCAACUUUGUAACUUAUAUUUUGAUCAACGAAUGUGGAAGACUGAUUAAAUCAGAGGACAUGUUCUUGCAAUAUUACAACUUUAAAUUGUCUCCCUGCACUCGAGGGAUUUACAGGAAACGAUUCAGCAUGUUCUGGAUUCAAUGCAGAACAAAACCCAGUGCGACGUCCAUUAGAUCUAAUCUGCAAGUCAACAUUUAAUCUUGAGUUUAACAGGUCUGUACUAGCUAAUGUUGUUGAGCGUCCUCUGUAACAAAAUGCCUUUUAACACGAGUUGCUCCUCCUCAGCUGUAACUCAUACUUGAAGGGUGUAUGCUGCCCCAGUGGUCGAUUUGUGCGUCACUUUGAACAGGACUCUCUGGUAGGUGUUGUUACAGCUCACCUGUUACUGCAGGUGUCACCAAUUUGACCAGGACUGAAAUCGUAAGCAUUAGAAGUUGGGUUUGAUCAUUUAAUCUCCCAUUUAACCUUUUUUUUGUUUGUGUCUCUGUGAGGAAACAUAACGAGGGAUAAUACGGGAACUAGAAAAACAUGAAAGCUCAGCGAUUGUCUGCGUGCAAAAUGUGUUACUUGAUUUUAAAAUGCAUUUCAGUUAUCCACUUUUUAAUGAACCGUAUCAUUUGAUUUCCGUACAGUCAGCUCAACAGGGUGUACAGACAAGAGCCGAGUCAGGAGUUCUGACACACAGUUCGUCCACUGGCAAAUUAUUUUCUGUAAAUUAUGUUAGAGAACAUCAGAAUAAUGAGCCUCGACGUCUUUGACACUUUAUACUGGAAGAAGAUUGAAUGUGAUUUUUCUUUUCUAAUGCAUUUAAAUAAAAAGAUUUGAUUUCCAUCAGCGAUGCAUAUCAACAGCAGCUGCAGCUGUUACUGUACACGAGGAAACUCGUCAGUGUGUGUAGACACCUCAAACAGUGAAUGUAGGGAAUCAGUUGUCGGCAGUGUCAAGCUGAGCUGUGGAUCUUGAAACUGGCAGCGUUAAUAGAAGCCCCUCAAAUAGAAAUUAAGGUACACAUUUGCACCCCCCUGUGUAUUUUACCUUUUGUCACUACAGUUUUGUUUUUUAAUUUGGGGCACUUCUGUCACCCCCAAAUGACUUUUGUGUAACGAUUAACCACCCCAUUACAUUGAAUUCAUGAACAAAACGUUUCUCUCGUGAGGGAAGAAUCCAAAAACAGAAAAUUAUCUCGUUAUAAACUGCAAAACUAUUUUGAAACAUUUGUUAACAAACUCUCAAGUCCCAUUUAUCCAGUCGCAUGCUCAGUAUCUCCCAAGCAGACUGCGGUUUCCAACAGGGAACUGAAACAUAUUUAUGUUCUCUUCAAAGCCAGACUCCAUUGACAAAUAUAUAAUUUUACCUUGCUGAACACAGGAGCUGCUGGUGUAGUGUCAUUUGGCACCACGGCUGCAUGAAGGGGCGAAGCUGUCCUCCACAUUCUGUGUGCGGUCCUAAUCCUCCUCCUCUUCGUCAUCAUCAUCCACCUGAAUAUUAACUAUCUGACCUGUUGAAAGUAGCUGUCUGAGUUACGAAAUGAUCCUGUGCGUCCCGUUCCUCUAUUGUGGCGCAGCUGUGUCCCACCGCCACAUUUUCUUCACUGAUUCUUGAUCGAAAGUCUCCAAAGGCUCUGACGGAGGUGAAAAACUCAGUGUGCAAACAUGAUUAACACAACGUCAGAUUUGUUUCUGGAUGUGCAACAAUUUUAGACCAAAAAAAAAACAGACUCGGUGCACAAAGACCUUUGAAUUAUCUCAGUUUUUGGAUUCUUCGUUUCACUGUUGGGGCAGAAGUUUUCUUUAUGAAUUCCCCCGUAUAACACAGGGUGAGUAACUCAUGUACAAAUGGUCAUUUUGGGGAUGACGUAUUACUUUAACCCUGCUCGCUCCACUACCUAAGCAACAGCUGAUACUGCAGCUACUGUUCCACAACAGAUCCGAAAUCUUGAAUACAGGAGUUAACUCUCGGUGCAGAGUGAUCUGCUCACCCCGUUAUUGCUUCAUCUGCAUCUGUAGUUUGAAUCCCUUAUUUGUGGGUACAAGGCUGAUCCAUGGUGUGCACCUUUUUUGCCGUCUAUUCUCUUUGGGAUCUCGUACGCAGCGGGAAAGAAAAUUGCUUGACUUAAAGUGUAGUGGUGAAGAACCAGAUUCCCUCAGCACUGUUUAAUUUGUUGUUCCGGCCAUUCUUUCCUCAAGUGGCUCCUUUUUAACUCAGUAUAUUGUAAAGACGGUGAGAAUCACAGGGGUGAUACAAGACAUAAUGUUCCUUUACAAAUGUAACAGUGCGACUUGAAGUAACGUCCUCGAAGACGUCGCCUUGCAGUCUGAUUGAUUCUAUCUGUGACGUCUCCUGGUCUUUUCCACGUUUCUCCUCCUCAUGGAUCUAUCUUCACAUUUAAAUACUAAACUGAUGUAAACACGUACAGGGUCAGGUGGUGUGUGCAUAACUUUCUUUCGGGUGGAGGACAGGUGUAGUCCAAGGGAGCCGAGGGAAGACUUUUCAGCAUCUGUUUCCUCUUUCUUUGGCGUUGCCCCAGAUUGACUCUCAGGUAAUGUCAGAAUCUACCUCUGCAGGUGAGACUAACUGUGAAAGAAGAGGCAUGAGUCACCAUAGCUUCGGAGAGCUCUAUUUUUACUAAAUAAAGAAAAAAAAAAGAUGAGCCCACACCCCCUCUUUGAUUGUACAAUGUUCUUAUAGUCCUGUCUUGCUUUUCAAUAAACAUUUUGUAGAAUUUGCAAAA